AUCGGUCAAUCAGAUAAUCGUGAAUUGCUGAGGCAAGGCAAGACUUGCGUUUCCCAAUUGAAUAUUCUGUCGUCUGCUUGCCGGACGUAAAAGUCAUCGCUUGAUAACUUCUUGGAUUUUCUUCUUUUUCAAUCAAUAUGACUGAGAGAAAGGGGCGAUUCAAGGUUGAUUUUCUUCUGGAUCUUGAGAGAGUGAUUCAAGAAAAAUGGGAAAAUGACAAGAUAUUUGAAGAAGAUGCACCUGAAGAUGAAACUGCUGAAAAAUUCUUUGUUAACUUUCCAUAUCCUUACAUGAACGGGCUGUUGCAUUUAGGACAUACUUUUACACUAAUGAAGUGUGAUCUAGCUGUGGGCUAUCAGCGAUUGAAGGGGAAAAAAUGUUUGUAUCCAUUUGGAUUUCAUUGCACAGGAAUGCCAAUUAAGGCAUGUGCAGAUAAACUGAAACGAGAGAUGGAACAGUUUGGAUUCCCACCAAAGUUUCCGGAACAUGUGGAAGAAGUAGUAGAGGAAGUUCAGGAUAAUUCAAUUCCUAAGGAUAAAUCCAAGGGCAAAAAAAGCAAGGCUGUUGCUAAAUCAGGCACAGCCAAAUACCAAUGGCAAAUUAUGCAAAGUCUUGGCUUAAAUGAUGAGGAAAUCAAGCCCUUCGCUAAUGCAGAAUACUGGCUUAAAUUUUUCCCUCCGUUAGCUAAAAGAGAUUUGAUGAAGUUAGGCUUGCACGUUGAUUGGCGACGGUCGUUUAUUACGACAGACGUAAAUCCUUUUUACGAUAGCUUUGUUCGUUGGCAGUUUUUGCGUUUAAAAGAUCGUGGUCACAUCCAGUUUGGUGAAAGGUACACCAUUUUUUCACCCAAGGACGACCAACCAUGCAUGGAUCACGACCGGGCAUCGGGAGAAGGUGUUGGUCCUAUGGAAUACACACUAAUCAAAAUGAAAGUGUUGGAUCCAUUACCCAGUGUCUUGCAGCCUUUUAAUAAGAAAUCCAUUUAUUUGGUAGCUGCUACUCUUCGACCGGAAACAAUGUAUGGUCAAACCAAUUGCUGGUUGCGACCUGACAUGGAUUAUAUUGUCUUUGAAACAAAAUCCAAUGAGAUUUUUGUUUGCACCUACCGAGCAGCUUUGAACAUGUCGUUCCAGAAAAUGACAGCUGACGUGGGAACAGUUGUGGUUUUAGCCACAAUCAAGGGCGAACAAAUACUGGGUGCGGCAUUACAGUCUCCCUUGGCUAGUUUCUCUCCGAUUUACACUUUGCCUAUGUUGACAAUCAAAGAAGAUAAAGGAACUGGUAUUGUAACCAGUGUUCCUUCUGAUUCUCCAGAUGAUUAUGCGGCUCUGCGGGAUCUGAAAAACAAAGCUCCCUUAAGAGAAAAAUACGGAAUCAAGGAUGAAAUGGUUUUACCAUUUGAGCCUGUUCCAAUUGUAGAAGUUCCUGAACUGGGGAAUCUGAGUGCAGUUUAUGCAUGCGAUCGCUUCAAAAUCCAGAGUCAAAAUGACAGAGAUAAACUCCAAGAGGCUAAAGAACUUGUUUAUUUGAAAGGGUUCUACGAUGGCGUUCUCCUUGUUGGACCUCAUCAGGGCAAGAAAGUGCAAGAUGUCAAAAAAGUGAUUCAGAAGGAAAUGAUUGAAGCAGCGCAAGCAGUUGUUUACAUGGAACCAGAGAAAACGAUCAUUUCAAGAUCAGGUGACGAGUGCGUGGUUGCUCUCUGUGACCAAUGGUAUCUCGAUUACGGAAAGGGAGUUUGGAGGGAACGCACUACAGAAGCUUUGGCGAAAACUGAAACCUAUCACGACGAAGUUCGUAAAAACUUUACUGCCACCCUAGAUUGGCUUAAAGAGCAUGCGUGCUCGCGAACUUAUGGUCUUGGCUCGAAGUUGCCUUGGGAUGAAAAAUGGCUAAUAGAAUCGCUUUCAGAUUCCACCAUUUAUAUGGCGUACUAUACGGUCGCGCAUUUGUUGCAAGGAAAUACUUUUGAUGGAAGAGGAGAAAACGCCUUGGGGAUCAAAGCCGAUCAAAUGACACCCGAGGUCUGGGAUUACAUUUUCUUCAAAGAAGCAUCCCUACCCAAGACUACGAUUCCUCAAGAGAAAUUGAGUACUUUGAAGAAAGAAUUCAAUUUUUGGUAUCCUGUAGACUUGCGCGUAUCAGGCAAGGACUUGGUUCCCAACCAUUUGACCUAUUUUCUAUACAACCAUGUUGCCAUCUGGCCAAACGAACCCAACAGGUGGCCUCAAGCCAUUCGAGCCAAUGGUCACUUGCUGCUCAAUUCUGAAAAAAUGUCAAAAUCAACAGGCAACUUCUUGACUCUUUCUGACGCUAUUGAUAAGUUUAGCGCUGACGGUAUGAGGUUAGCCUUGGCUGAUUCGGGUGAUUCUGUGGAAGACGCAAACUUCGUUGAAGCAAUGGCAGACGCUGGUAUUUUGAGGUUGUAUACCUUGAUUGAUUGGGUUAAAGAAUGCCUUGCAACAGUGGAUCAACUUAGAGAUUCGGAUUACACGUUUAACGAUCAAGUUUUUGAUAAUGAAAUGAAUCUCAAAAUCGUUGAGACAAAUCAGAAUUACGAUCGCAUGCUCUUUAAAGAGGCUCUCCGAACUGGGUUCUUUGAAUACCAAGCCAUCCGUGACACCUAUAGAGAAAUAAGCAUGGGCAACGUUCAUAAAAAACUAAUUUUGAAGUAUAUCGAAACUCAAGCUGUUAUUCUCUCCCCGAUUUGUCCGCACGUCGCGGAACAUAUUUGGGAACUGCUUGGUCAUAAAGAAAGCAUAUUGAAAUCUCGGUGGCCGACAGUUCCUGAAUACGACAGCGUUCUCAUCAGCGCGGGCGCUUAUUUAGACCAGGCUGCUCACGAAUUCCGCUUGCGACUGAAAGCAUACUUGGCAUCACUUACGUCGAAAGGCGCUAAAAAAGCCGUCAAUGUACCAACUGGAAAACCCACCCACGGAACUAUCUGGAUAGCCAAAAGCUACCCUACUUGGCAAUCAAUUAUUCUGACCCUGCUUCAAGAAAGAUUUAACAAAGACGGAGUUAUGCCUGACAACAAAUGGCUGUCAACUGAACUAAGCUCGAAACCAGAAUUGAAAAAAUCUCUAAAGAAAGUAAUGCCUUUUGUUCAAGUGGCGAAAGAAAAAGUUGCCAAGCACGGCAUUCGUGCCCUCAAUCUAACCAUGGAUUUCGACGAAGUAGAAGUAAUUACGAAGAACAUAGAGUAUCUCACCGCAACGUUAGACUUAGAGGGUUUGAACGUCCUUUAUUCUGAUGAUUCAACGGCUGAUGAGAAGAUUAAAGAAGACUGCGUUCCUGGCACCCCUCAUAUUACUUUCCGUCACCAACCUGGAGUUUCCAUCAACUUCGUCAAUCCUCAACCUCUUUCUGGUUUGUUUGAAGUAAAACUGACAGUAAUGCAGGGUGAUACUCCGGCAAAAUUAGUCAGUCGUUUGGUUAAACAUCAUAAACAAAUUAAAGAUCCCAAACGCGUUAGCCUUUGGCGCUUCCAAGACCCUAUUCUUGGCCCUAGAAAAAUUCCUACGAGUGACGAUUUAGAAAGAGGAAAGGUUCAGCUGACUGAAGCAAGUACAUUCUUCGUGAACGUUGAAAGUAACACGGUUGCGGUCGAGGAAAAUGGGGUACAAAUUGACAUUGGGUCAAGUUUGACGUAUAUUGUUGCAUUGUAAAUUUCAAGGAUUUAAAAAUACAACAAUUGGGCUCA